AUGGGUGUACAACAAGCAGACGUGGAGAAGUUCCUCCAGGACAAUCCUGCAUUUGCUACAAAGUAUUUUGCCAAAACAAUGAGCCCUUCUUCAAUAUCAAAGAUAUCAGGACUCCCAGAGAAAGAAGUUGACUUUGGAAAGCUAGAGGAGCUUUGCCGGAUUGAAGAAAGCCGAAUAAUGUUUGACCUGAUCAAAGACAUGCAAGAGAGCAUCAACAUGGAAAAAGUAAUCUUCAAGAUCCUGAAGCGACUUGGAGCUCUCAUUCAAGCUGACCGCUGCAGCCUCUUCAUGUACCGGCAGCGGAACGGCAUUGGAGAGCUUGCAACGAGGCUCUUUAACGUCUCAACAAGUUCAGUCCUGGAGGACUGUGUGGUGCCCCCAGAUUCAGAGAUCGUCUAUCCUCUUGACCUGGGAAUAGUUGGCAAUGUAGCCCUCACCAAGAAGAACGUCAAUGUAAAAGAUGUCAAACAGAGCCAGCACUUCAGCUCAUUUGUUGAUGAACUAACAGAAUAUGAGACCAGGUGCGUGCUGGCAGCGCCUAUUCUCAAUGGCAAAGACUUGGUGGGAGUUAUUAUGGCAGUGAACAAGACCACAGGACCACAUUUCACUGCUCAGGAUGAAGAUCUCUUCUUGAAGUACCUGAAAAUUGCUUCCCUGAACCUUAAGAUCUUUCACCUAAGUUACCUCCACAACUGUGAGACACGUAAAGGACAGCUGCUGCUGUGGUCUGCCAACAAGGUGUUUGAAGAGCUGACUGACAUUGAGCGACAGUUUCACAAAGCCUUGUACACAGUCAGAGCCUAUCUUAACUGUGACCGUUAUUCUGUGGGCUUAUUAGACAUGACAAAGGAAAAGGAAUUCUUUGACAUCUGGCCGGUGCUGAUGGGAGAGCAGGCCCCGUACAGCGGCCCCGUAACUCCUGAUGGAAGGGAGGUAAUUUUCUACAAAGUGAUCGACUACAUCCUGCAUGGAAAAGAAGACAUCAAAGUUAUUCCAACUCCACCUGCAGACCACUGGGCCUUGAGCAGCGGCCUUCCUACUUAUGUUGCUGAGAGUGGAUUUAUUUGCAACAUCAUGAAUGCAGCUGCUGAUGAGACGUUUCAAUUCCAGAAAGAAGCUUUGGACAGCAGUGGCUGGACCAUAAAGAAUGUUCUCUCGCUUCCUAUUGUUAACAAGAAAGAAGAAAUAGUCGGUGUGGCAACCUUUUAUAACAGGAAGGAUGGAAAGCCUUUUGAUGAUCACGAUGAAAAUCUAAUGGAGGCUUUGACUCAGUUCCUGGGAUGGUCAGUCCUGAUAUCAGAUACGUAUGAUAAGAUGAACAGGCUAGAGAACCGGAAGGACAUCGCUCAGGACAUGGUGCUCUACCAUGUCAAAUGUCGAAAUGAUGAGAUCCAAAAUGUCCUGAACACAAGAGAGCUCUACAACUGCGAACCCUGGGAGUGUGAAGAAGAAGAUCUUUUAGAGAUUCUAAAAAAAGAUCUCCCUCCUCUUAUCAAGAAAUAUGAGAUCUACGAGUUCCGCUUCUCGGAUUUUAACUGCACAGAACUGGAUCUGGUGAAGUGCGGGAUUCAGAUGUACUAUGAAGUCGGCGUGGUGAAGAAGUUCCAGAUCCCUCAAGAAGUGCUGGUUCGUUUCAUGUAUUCAGUCAGUAAAGGCUACAGAAAAAUCACCUACCACAACUGGCGUCACGGCUUCAACGUGGGACAGACCAUGUUCACAUUGUUAACGACAGGACAUCUGAAGCGAUACUACACAGAUCUAGAAGUUAUGGCUAUGAUCACAGCAGGAUUUCUGCAUGAUAUUGACCACAGGGGAACAAACAACUUGUACCAGGUCAAAUCUGGUAACCCUCUGGCCAAGUUACACGGCUCCUCCAUCCUGGAACGACACCAUCUAGAGUUUGGAAAGUUCCUUCUCUCUGAUGAGUCACUGAAUAUCUACCAGAACCUGAACAGGCGGCAGGUUGAUCAUGUGAUCCAUCUUACCGAUAUUGCUAUCAUCGCCACUGACCUGGCUCUUUAUUUCAAGAAGCGAACAAUGUUCCAAAAGAUUGUGGACCUUUCAAAAACCUAUGAAGAUGAGAAGAAAUGGGUGGACUUCAUGUCUCUAGAAACAACCAGAAAAGAGAUUGUCAUGGCCAUGAUGAUGACAGCAUGUGACUUGUCUGCCAUCACAAAGCCCUGGGAAGUACAAAGCAAGGUUGCAUUGUCUGUGGCUGCAGAGUUCUGGGAACAAGGUGAUUUGGAGAGGACAGUGUUGGAACAGCAACCGAUUCCAAUGAUGGACAGAAAUAAAGCAGCAGACCUUCCAAAGCUCCAGUGUGGUUUCAUUGACUUUGUCUGCACGUUUGUCUACAAGGAGUUUUCUCGCUUCCAUCCACAAAUCACACCCAUGCUUGAUGGCAUCCUUAACAACAGGAAAGAAUGGAACGCAAAGAAAGAGGAAUAUGAGGCUAAACUUAAAGCCAUAGAGGAAGAGAACGCUGCAAAAGAAGCUGCUAAGGCAGCAAAAGGUGCUGCAAACAACCCCAGCGAUGGAGGCUCCAAGACUUGCUCCAUUUGCUAAAAGACACUGAAGAUGGGAAAUCCAGAAUCAUGUGAAAACUACAGGAAACAUGUAUCAGAUUCACUGGCAAGCAAAAAAGUUAUAAAAUCAGGAACUUGAAAAUGCUUUUAUAAACCCAUAAAUACUUCUUCAUAGAGAAAA